ACACACACGCACACACUGUAUCAAUUGCCCAGAGAUACAGUAUCCAAACGCUACACAUGGGAACUCAGCGUAGCUGAGAAACAGUGCUGACCACACACACACACACACAUAUACUGGAGAAAAAGGCUUUAUAUUUUUAUCCGCCUUCUUUUUUUUCAAAAAAAGCAUUGUUUCGCCAGCCCCCUCUCUCCUUGGAAUAUCGAGAUGCUCCCGGCUUUCUCUUUCCCUGUGAACCUGGACCGGAGCAGGAACAAAGAGCGACUGGAAGCCAGCUUGGCCGGUCUGAGGGAGCUCCAAAUCUUAAGGCAGAGGCAGGAGUACAUAGUGCAAGAGGCUCUUCACAUCUCCGGUAGCGGCAGACCGGAGCCUGGGCAGCUCAACUGGGAUUUAAACGGCGAGGAGAGCUUGUAUCCCAGCUUUAGAGAAACAGGAGCUAACAGCCUCAGGAGGUAUCUGAAUGGUCUGAGACGUCAAGAGGCCACAUUGCUCACCCCUCUCCAGCAACUGGAGAGACAGGUCAAUGACCUCCGACUGGAGGCGACCCAGACGUCAGGUGGGGAGCUGGAAAUUGACAGCCGACCAAGUUCUGCUGAGCCUCUGCACUUGGACCGGGAUGAGAGUCUGAGCUACGCCGACAGCGACUAUGUCUCAUCCGUGCCCCGUUCGUUCUCGACCAAUCGCGCGGACUCGUUCGAGGCCCUGAUGGACGUGCAACCCAAGUACCAGUGUGACCUGAUCACCCGCGACGGCCUGGACCUCUUCCCGUAUCCUAGCCCCCUCCACGCCAUGGCCGUGCAGAGCCCGCUGCUGUGCCAAGCACUGAGGGCCAACAGUGAGGAAAAGCCCAUGUCGCCCACCUCCUACCUGAGCAGCUACAAGCUGGACGACGACGGCGAAAUGUUCUUCGGCUCCCAGGGCGAGAUGCCCCUGGGCCUGGAGGCCGUGCACUCAAAGAGGCUGGAGAAUUACAUCACAGGCCUGGUGCACAAACGUAUUUAUCCAGUUCGGCCCAACAAGCUGAGGACUAGCCUCAGCACGGAGGCCACGAAAGGCCUGAUUCGGCAGAGCAGCAUGUGCCAGAGGAGCACGGAAGCUGCCAGCCCUCCGAUUGGGGUCUGUGAUCCAGCCCGGUCUUUGUCCGAGCGCAGGAAUAUCCCAAGCUCCCACAGCUUUGAUGGGAGCCUGCCGUCGCCAAAGUAUAGGCCCCAGUGGACUUCGAGCAGGGAACAGCUGUCUGCCAAGAAAACGGUUCCCUCCUGUCAAUCCGUCGACAACUUCACUGCUGCCAUCCAGCAGCAAAAGAGUAUGGACGAGGGCCAGAGUUCACAGCAGAGCCUGAGGAAGCCCAUCAGGCUCAUGGCCAACACGCCUCCCAUGAGACCCACCUCUCUCGAGUAUCACGAACUGAAUUAUCAUCCAGCCAUGAGGGCGUCCCCUCAGGAGAAUUACUACCAGAACGUGUACGAGCUGAGUGACAGGCCUCAGGCUUUCCUCAACGACAGGCAUCAGGCCUUCCUCGACGACAGGCCUCAGGCUUUCCUCGACGACAGGCAUCAGACCUUCCUGUCUGCUAGGCCCGAGUCCUCAGAGCUCCGCUCGCCGUCCUUUGACCAACCGCCGGGGCCAGAGGUCAGCGUCCAGAGGUCGCCCGGGGCAGACGACGGCGGGUACCAGAUGGUCAGCGCGCAGUACAUCCCGGCUCAGCAGUCAUAUAAAGCCCACACCGCCAGCCACGGCAGCAAAGCCAAAGGCCUGCCGAUGAGCAAAGGGCGCUCCGUCGACGCCUCGCCCGAGGCAGGGGCACCCCCUGGCUUCCGAGAGAAGGGCAAGGCCUCGAGCAAGAAGUGCCGCUUCAGCGAGGAAUCCGAACCGGCCAAGAGGAGCGGGCGGAGGCCCUCCCCCCGGGGCAAGAAGACCUGCCGUUCCCAGUCGGAGAACAGCCUCCUGAACCGGCACGGUGUGCCCUGCGUCAAGUACAACACGGUCGAGCGAGAUGAGGUGACGGGUGCCAGGCCGACGCGCUCCAGGCGACACCCCAGUGGGUGCCACCGGCGCUGGAGGUCAACAGCGGAGAUCUCCCGGGAUGAGGGGUCGGCCCCGCCCCCAAGUUCCGAGGCCUACCCCCAGGCCGAGGGGCGGCGAAGGCUCAGGAGGUAUCCGAAGACCCCGGGGCACCCGGGGAGCGAUUCGGAAUAUCCGUCCCGGCAUCGCGGGGUCUACGCCGCCAACUGCUUCGGGGACAGCGAGUCGAGCCUGAGUGAGGCCCAGUCGCCAGGCCUCAGCAGCGGCUCCAGUGACACAGAUGAGGAGGAGGAGGAGGCCACAGGCCUAGUCUGGCCCCAGCAGCUGACACCGCAGGCCAUGGGCCGCGAGUCUGGGCAACCCAAGGCCUUUGUCAAGAUCAAAGCCUCGCAUGCCCUGAAGAAGAAGAUCCUCCGCUUUCGGACAGGCUCCCUCAAGGUGAUGACCACAGUGUGAUGAAGGACAGAUGGACCGGUGUUUCGAAUUCCCACCGCCUCCUGGUCGCCUCGGGAACGUUGCGGGAAAAGCGCUUUUUGCAGCCAACUCGCUAAAAUUUGUGGAAGCGUGCUCACGCAACCGUCAACAUCGGCGGGUGCACAGAGGUCGCCACCGCGCACAGGAAGAUCCCAGGGAUAAACCAGCCAGCCAACUGCAGUAUUUUAGUUCUUCGCUCCCCCCUCACCCGCUCUCCCUCCCAUCCCCUCACCACCUCGCCGCUCCCCCCCACCACCGCUCACAACCCGAAAAGUGACGGGAACAUCAUGUUUUCCAAACAGGAUCUUUCACACGGGGCAGG